AUGUUUUCGCAUUUCCAGGGUAAAACCCUGACCACCGGCAUCACCAUUGCCUGUGGUGCCGGUUUCUGCCUGUUUGGUUACGACCAAGGCGUCUUUGGGACAUUCAACAACCCAGACGCCACCAUCCAGGGCCAGAUUACGUCGACCUACUACCUCGGUGCCAUCUUUGUCGCUGUGUUGUCGCGUUUCGUGGGCGACCGCCUCGGACGUCGUAGAGCCAUUAUGACCGGAUGCACGCUCCUGACCAUCGGCGGCAUUCUGCAGGCCACCGCCAGCACGCUGCCUCAUAUGAUGGUCGGCCGUAUCGUUGGUGGGUUUGGUACAGGUCUCAACACUACAGCGAUCCCCAUGUGGCGGGUUGAGACGUGCAAACAGCCUCAUCGCGGUCGCCUGGUCAUCAUGGAGCUGGUGCUGAACAUUUUUGGGAUUGCUGUGACUACUUGGAUGAACUUUGGCUUCAGCGACUUUGCCACACAGUUCUGUCUCGUGGAGAUUCCCGCUGGGAUUCCACCGUACAAAAAUAUUAAAAAAAGGGUUCCCACAUAG